CCCACCAUUCUGCACUGUUGGCACAUCGCGCCAACCGUAAAAUUUGCCUGCCAUGCAGUUCUAAUCUCCGGAAGGCGAACUCUCCCUGCCUUCAACCCUCCCAUUCAAGCAACAGGUCAUGUCGGAUUCUGGAGACGAGGUCGAUUCGCGAACGGCCUCGUUCGGCGCCCAGCGUGCCCGCAAAAAUACGCCUUCCUCCCGAGCCCAGUCCAGCGACGACUCGCGUCCCACGAAAAAGCGGCGCCGCAACAGAUCCCGCACGGCUAGCGAUCUUAGCGAUUUUGUGCCUAAGGGUGCUGCCUUCAGCGCCACGACAUUGGAGGUUGAUCCUGAUGAUACUUCAAGUUCCGGGUCCGACUCGGAUAGUGGUUCGGACAAAUCUGAUGCGCCAGAUGUUACCCCACCCGCCAACCCUCAUGCGGGCAGUACUGCGCCGGCGAUCAGUUGGAACCAGGGGAGAAAGACGGCCGUGAGGACGACGCUGGGCAAGCGCAAAGCGGGAUCGCAAGUCGGUUCCCAACCUACAACCCAGCCUGAGCCGGAGGCGCAACCCCAACCGCAGACCAAUGGGAAUACCGAGGAUAGUACGGCGAAUGGAACCUCUCAAAAGCAAUUCAAAGCUGUCAACGGUACAUACUGGCGCAGUCGUAGUGCCUCUGUGUCAUCCGAAGAUGAGGAUGGCUCCGAAGAAGGCGAGGUGAAUUCCGGGAGUGAUUCGGAUGAUUCAGAGCUGGACUCCGAAGCCGACGACUCUCUUAUGCUCAACAUUGGCACCAAGGCAGAUGGGGCGGACGACUAUGAUCCAGAGUCUCUGCUGAAGGAGAAUGGUACCAAUGGACAGCCUCAUACGGGCGCUGGCGCAGUACAAACCGAGUCCAAGGAGGAGGCCUUCAAACGAUUCUCUGAAAAGUAUCCGACUGCGCCCGUUUCCCUAUUGGACUUGCAGCAGGAUGAUAUGGAUAUUCAAGCUAAGUUUGUAUACUGGGACCGAGACGUGAAUGCCAUCGAUCUGCAGCUUCCAGUUGGGUGUAUCGAAUGUCUCCAUCAGGGCCACAUGGCUGAGGUGUGUCCUACUAAGGAGUGUGUUCAUUGUGGAGCAUGGAAUACCCACCAAAGCACGCAGUGUCCCUCAUGGCGAAGAUGCCAGCGCUGCCGUGAACGAGGCCACGUCCAAGGCGAUUGCCCGUCUGUCCUCAAAAGUUCGGCCGCCGAGGUCCCCUGCGACUAUUGUGGCUCCUCGACACACAUGGAGUCCGACUGUGACCACCAGUUCAACCUCCCAACGCGGGAAGCUCUUUCCGAGACCGUGACUGUUUCCAUUUCUUGCGCCCACUGUACGAGUGGGAACCAUCUGAUCGGGGACUGCCCCCAUCUUCCCCCCGACCUUCAACAAAGAACUGCGUGUUUUACCCUCAAGGAAACCGAUCCUGCCAAAGUCACCAACCUGAACGUAACAGGGCCUCCCCGAAAGACCGGCCCUCCCGCGCCGAGUUACCAACGUGGCAAGGGACGUCGCGGCGGCGGGGGUGGUGGUAGUGGUGCUCGCACACCAUCAUCAACCAGCGAAGAAGACAUGAUGCCCCGCCAAGGCGCCCGCAGGGGCCCGCCUCCAGCCCGUGGCCGAGGUCGCGGGGCGAUCAAGUUUGGUAGCGGCGUUGGUCCUGCCCAGCCACGAAAUAAGCCACCGCCAUUCACCCGUCCAAAGGGCCCGCCUCCUCGAGGAGGAGGAGGAGGAGGUGGUGGUGGUGGUGGAAACCGCGGUCGUGGCCGUGGACGCGGUGGGAAGCCUCGGGGAGGACGACCUUGAAAAGUCGCUUACGAAAAUUAACGCCAGUGUAUGUCCGAGUUAACUAGAGUUUGGAGAAGGCACUUGUACAUCAACUAUACAAAAUAUACUUUACCUCUUUGUAUACAAUCAGUCUGUCCAUGGUCUUCAAGAGAACCUCUUUGUAUAGUUUCCAUUCUUCUAUGUCGUCCACGGGAGUUGACGUAUAUGGGCCAGGCUCAGCAUCUCAACUUUAUCAAGCGGACUUGGCUAAUUCUGCUUGUGGACAUCAUCCUCCUCACGACCGAGGAAACCCCCCUCCAGGAUAUCGAUCAACUCAUCCAACCGAUUAAUGCAAAGAUCCGUAUGCGCAUGCUCGCGGAGAUGGAUAUUCCGCUCAUUCACCAGCAACACCGUUGCCGCACCGGCUGCGUGUCCGGAUGUCAUAUCGUCAAUGCUAUCUCCAACCUGCCAAUGGUAAGAGAGGUUAGAGCUGCAAGCAUCUUCCAACGGGCUAGCACGCGGUUCGAUCAACGUACCAUGAUCAAGUUCUCCGCACGAUUAGUCAACCCCCAUUCCCGUGCAAUGUGCAGAAUACCCGCCGGAUCGGGCUUGGGAAGCAAAUCUGGCGUAUCGCGAGUGAUGAUGGGAAGAAAGAUAUGGCUGGGGAGAUGGUUCUGGAUGAGAUAUUGGACUGGGG